UCUUUUUACAGGAGCUGCCGUUACAAAGGCCUGGCCUAGUAGAAAUCCCAAGUCACCUGUGACAUCAAGAUCAAGAUCGAGAGCCGGGUCCACUCAGCUGAUCGGCGUCCACGAGUGCCAGCCGCCUCCCCGCCGCCUAGUGUCAGUGCCGCCGCCCGCCACACCUUUGCCGCCCAGCAUGAGGGCUGCGUUACUCAGGACGCCUCUGCUCGCCAUGAGGCAAAGUUGCUGGCUACACUUGGGCCCCCCUCGCUGGGCAGUCAGCAAGUCACUCCUGGCAGCGCUGCGUAAGAGGACUGGCUUCUCCAUAUCCAAUUGCAAGAAGGCGCUGGAGAUGCAUGAGAAUGACGUGGAGAAGGCAGAGUCGUGGCUGCAGGAACAAGCACAGGCACAGGGCUGGGAGAAGGCCACUAAACUCUCUGGCCGUAAGACAGCCCAGGGCCUCGUCGGCAUCCACAUAGAAGGCCAGAGUGGGGCCAUGGUGGAGGUGAACUGUGAGACCGAUUUUGUGGCCAGGAAUGAAAAAUUUACAUCCCUUGUCUCAGAGGUGACCAGAGAUUUCUUUGUCCACGGUGGAACGCAAGCGACGCAGACGCUGGGCAUAGUGAAGGAAUCGUUCUCUGAAGAGCAGCUCAAGACACUGCCAGUGGGCGAUGGCAAGACACUUGGGGACAAACUGGCGCUGGCAAUUGGCAGCAUCGGGGAGAACAUGAACCUUGCCCGGGCCACUCGACUCACCACCCAAGCGGACACCCAGUUAGUUGGCUAUUGUCACCCCAGCACUGUGGACGAGGACUUGAAGCUGGGACGCUAUGGGGUGAUAGUGGCAUUCAAGGCAUCAGGGCCACUAACUGAGGUGGCCAAACAGCUCUGUGUCCACAUCAUAGGGAUGAACCCCAAAACCAUUGGCAUGGAGUCCGACCCCAAGGCUGAGAAUCCUGAUGAGGAGAAAGUAUUGGUGCACCAGGAGUUUCUGAGUGACCCAGAAGUGACGGUGAGCGAGGUGUUGCAUCGCGAGGGAUUGAACAUAGUGGACUUUGUGCGUUACGAAGCAGGAGAAACCCAGGAUAAGGCUGAAUAGUGAAGCAUGGGUGGUGGUGGUGGGCGGGUUGUUGUGGCUACAGGGGUAGAAAUAAACUUUUCUUGAAGGUAGUCAGUUGGGCGUGUAAGUAAUGUUGAGUAUUCGCUGUAGCCUUUUCUAACAUCACCAUGUGACAACAGCUUCAUCACCUCAUUCUUAUUGGUUAUGUUAUGAUCUGUUCUCUUGAUAUAUUUCUGGCCACAGGAGAAAAAUGCAAUUAAAUGUACUUUUUAUCAUCAACAUUCUAUGAAGGAUUGAAAGAUACCAAAGUGCGAUGACACAGCUGGCCACUUUAUGCUGUCACCGUGAGCGAGAUAGAGGUAAAGGAAGGAAGCUUUUGCCAUAGGGGGAAGCUUUGUUGACAGACUGCAGCCCUGUCUGAAGUCUGAGCCCUUUAUUAAUGCAAGAUACUCUCACCCCUUUUAUAUUUUAUUUGACUUGAGUGGCCAGGCUUGUGUGAAUUUGACCCUUUGACUGUGUAUUAGGCCAGGAACCCACUCACCCACCCCCUUCAGCCUUGUAUGCAGUCUCCUCUCAGGAUAGGGACAAGGCCAUCUUUGAUGCUGUUUCUGAUAAAGACUUCCUUGCAUUAAGACUGUGCAGUGUGUCCAUGUAGUCAGGUUUGGGCAUCUGUGUGUGCUCUUUCUGAGGUGGACAAGAACCCUUACAACAGUAUUUUUGUAGAGACAAGGAUUACAAUAGCUGAGACUUGGAGGCUCAGCAAAGCCAGAUGCCAGUCACAUAAACACCAGGGCAGGGCAGGGCAGGGCACACAUUGAUAUUUAGGCAACUUAAACUGCAUACCAUUGGUUUAAUUAUGAUUGUGCAUGUCAGUGAGCAGGGUAGCUCAGCACAACACAAGUACAGAUUUGAGCCCACCUGCACAGCUCUCUCUUUUUACCGGCCCAUAGCACUGGUAGACUUUCUCGAUGGGAUUUGUUGGUCAGCCCCAGCCCGUUAGUGGCAUGGGUAAAUGAGGCCCCCCGCGGCAGAAGAGUACUAAGUGCCAAAAUCAAUAUUCGCCAGAAAUGAAGGUCAAAGUUUUGUAACUUUAACGAAAAUGUCAAUAGCCGUACAAUAAAGCUAGAGUAAAGUUAUAUACACCAAAUUAAAGCCCUGAAACACACCUAUAACAUGACAUUAAAACAGAGGAAAUAAAAAAAUCAUCAUCUGUAAAAAAAUAAACAUUUCCAUUAUUGA